CCACAUUGUACAUAUCCGACAGCUUUCGCCAAAUACCAACACACGGUCGCACGACUACGCAGUGCGCAGCCUUUACUCUAGCGGCCAUUUGAACGUCUCACGCCUGUCUGAAGGUCGCGCGCUGCCCCUCCCUUCGAUCAGACGUCCUCGAGUCCUGCCCCGCUAGGCUGUUGCCAUGGUGCUCAAGAAGCGCUUCACGAGCUUGAUCAAGCGCACCAACUCAAACGAAGAGCCCGUCGCGGACAAUGUCGACACUCCCGAAGCGAAUGCCGCAAGGGGGGUGAGACUCUUCUGCGAAUCCGGCGCAGCAAACUCGGGCGAAGAAGUCCUCCACUUGCCCACCAUCGUCGAGUCGGCCGUCGCCAGCCCCCAAGCGGCCCAGGCUGCCGCCAACCAAAUCCGCAAGUUUCUCUCCAAAGAGAACUACGACCGCCCGCAUGUGCAGUACAAUGCCGUGAUGCUCAUAAGGAUCCUAGCCGACAACCCAGGCGCUUCCUUCACGAAGAACCUCGACAAACAGUUCGCUGAUACGGUCAAGCACCUGCUGCGCAAUGGAAGAGACCCCAGUGUGUCGCAGAUCCUGAGGGAGACGCUGGAUUCGAUACACAGGGACAAGGCAUAUGAUACGAACCUGAACACACUGUUUGCCAUGUGGGCAAAGGAGAAGAAGCUCAUGGCAGACGCUGCGAAACACGUUCCUCGGAACGGAGGAGGUAUAAUGCAAGCCCCCCGAUGGCCUGACCCGAACUUACCACAGGGAUUCAAUUCAGGGCACCGUGCCGGAGGUCUCCCUGCCCCGGUGGAACUGGCCGCGCGCAUCGAAGAGGCCAGGACGUCUGCCAAACUCCUCCUACAGCUCGUGCAAUCCACCCCUGCAAAUGAACUGCUAGGGAACGAUCUUGUGAAGGAGUUUGCAGAGCGCUGCACGUCAGCGCAGCGAAGCGUGCAGACGUACAUCAAUUGCGACAACCCGCCACCCGAUGACGAUACCAUGCUCACGCUGAUCGAGACGAACGAGCAGCUCUCGCUGGCUGCAUCCAAGCAUCAACGUGCCGUGCUGCAGGCCCGCCGCGCAAUCGGAGCAUCACCUUCGCCACCAGUUCCGGGCAGCACCUACAACAACAAUAACUACAGUGCUCUGCCACCCGCACCCGCGCCGGCCACCACAUAUAGUCCCCCGCCAGCGCAACAAUCAGCGCCACAGAGUGAGAUACCAAUUCUGCCGCCCCUUGGGCUUGAGUCCAACGAGCCGAAGGCGAACAACCCGGCCAGCUACAAGACAGAUGACUUGCCGCUCCCACCAGCAUUGCAAGCAGGUCCGGGUCGGCCACGCAGUAACAGCAACACGGCGCAGGAAGCCCAAGAUGAUCCAUUUGCAGACCAUCAUACAUAUUCUGCCCCAGCCGGGCCGCCGCCAGGUCCGACCGGCGAGAGUGCGCCUACAAACAGCUACACGCCGUACCGUCAAGGGUAUCAGCAAACACCCUCGUACUUGGGUCGACAAGAGAGCGCUGCAAACAACAUCACGAUGCACGGAGCCGCGAAGAGCAAUCUCACAGAGGAAGAGGAGUAUGCUCGUGACUACCCUGCCGGCAACAGACCAAAGACUCCCGAGGAGCCGCAUCAGCGCCACGGAAGCGAUGUCUCGCCCAUCACAGACCGGGGUACCGUGACGUACCGAUACUGAGAUUGUUGUUGGUGAAUGGCUUCUCAUGGCAGUUUUUUAAUGACGCGUGGAGGAUCUCUUGGGGUGGCUUGGAGCGCGAUACCAGGUGAGAAAGUUUGGCGUGAUUCUUGGACUCGACUGCUGUUUUCUGGAGACGGAUCUCUUUUGACGUAUUUGUCAGCGUUAUACCUCAUACCAGCUAGGAAGUAUGGUGUCG